GGCGCAGGUGCCCCUCCCCACCCCACCUCCGGAUAGUCAUGGCGGCCCUCAGAACGUCUGUGGCGCUGUGGAGCCUCCUGACAGGUUCUCGGAACUCGGAGCGGGGCUGCUUCCGGGCCCGAAUUCGGCCCCAGCUCGGCGCCCUGCUCCAGCCGCCGCCCGGGCCCUGCGGGGUGGGGCCGCCAUGCCGUCGGCUUGCUUCCGAGGCGGAAUCUGGUAGUCCAGAGAUCAAGAAACCUACAUUUAUGGAUGAGGAAGUCCAAAAUCUACUCAUCAAGAUGACAGGCUUGAAUUUGCAGAAGGUUUUUAAGCCAGCUAUACAAGAACUGAAGCCACCAACCUAUAAGCUAAUGACCCAGGCACAGUUGGAGGAGGCUACAAGAAAAGCAAUUGAGGCAGCUAAAGUACGAUUAAAAAUGCCACCAGUUCUGGAAGAACGAGUGCCAAUAAAUGAUGUGUUAGCUGAAGAUAAGAUAUUGGAAGGAACAGAAACAGCCAAAUACGUAUUUACUGAUAUAUCAUAUAGCAUACCACACCGGGAGCGUUUUAUUGUUGUCAGAGAACCAAGUGGCACACUACGCAAAGCUUCUUGGGAAGAACGGGACAGGAUGAUACAAAUUUAUUUUCCAAAAGAAGGCCGUAGAGUUUUAACACCAGUAAUUUUCAAGGAAGAAAAUCUUAGGAACAUGUACAGCCAGGACCGACAUGUUGAUGUCCUCAAUCUCUGUGUUGCCCAGUUUGAGCCAGAUUCUGCUGAAUAUAUCAAAAUUCAUCAUCAGACCUACGAAGACAUAGAUAAACAUGGGAAGUAUGACCUUUUACGUUCAACAAGACACUUUGGUGGAAUGGCUUGGUAUUUUGUAAAUAAGAAAAAGAUUGAUGGUUUACUGAUUGACCAGAUUCAGAGAGAUCUAGUCGAUGAUGCCACCAGCUUGGUCCAGCUAUAUCACAUCCUCCAUCCAGAUGGCCAGUCUGCUCAGGAGGCCAAGGAGCAGGCUGCUGAGGGAUUACAUUUAAUUAAGGUCUUUGCAAAAACAGAAGCACAGAAAGGAGCAUAUAUAGAAUUAACACUACAGGCUUAUCAAGAAACCGUCAUUAGCCAUUCUGCAGCUUCCUGAAAACAUUUUUAAAAUAAAUUUCAUUUUACUAAUUGUAA